AUGUUCGUCGGAGACGUGCUGAAUAAUCGCGACAAAGUGAUAGACAAGCUGGGACAUGGGGCGUUCUCUACAAUCUGGCUUUCACGAGAUGAGCGAAAGACAGCCUACGUGGCCGUCAAGGUUAGUACUGAAGAUGCUUCCACUCACGAUGCAAAUAUAUUGCGUAUGCUCAAAGAUUGCUGCCUGGCUCAUACCAACGAUCGUCCUGGCCCAAAUGGGCAUCAUCAAUGCAUUGUCACAGCACCCGCUAAGAGCAGUGUAUCUGCAGCAUUAUUCUACUGCUACUCUCACAUAGAAACGGCUCAUGUUUCAGCUGCCAAACUUGCUCUGGCUGUUGCAUAUGUUCAUGCUCAAGGCUAUGUCCAUGGAGAUAUUCAUCUCAGAAACAUCCUGAUACCCUUACCUACUAACAGUAACAAGCUUUCAAUCGAGGAUUUCUAUGAACAGUUUGCAAACGACAUCCCGCCGGAUGAAGCCCAGCUCCUCAGCGACUUUGGUGAGAGCUUCUCCUCUUCCGACCAUGAGCAGCGACGACGCGGGCAGAACUAUCCCUCGCCGCUUCCAGUCUGGCUGUUCGAUGCCACACUCGCCACUCGGCAUGACAUAGCCUCUCAACAAGUAGAUGUAAAUCGUUUUGUGUUCCCAUCUCUUGAGCAGAAUUUUGAGGAGGAUAUACAGGCAACACAACAAAGAGCGAAUAUGUCUUCAUUCGAUAAGGAGGAGAAGAUAGUCAUUUUAAGCAUGCUUCGCUCGAUGCUAGCAAUGAACCUGAGAAGUGGGCAACAGCGACAGAUAUACUGA